UUCAAAGAAGCCUUUUCAUUAUUUGACAAGGAUGGUGAUGGUACUAUAACAACAAAGGAAUUGGGAACCGUGAUGCGAUCACUUGGUCAAAACCCCACGGAAGCUGAGCUACAGGAUAUGAUCAAUGAAGUAGAUGCUGAUGGCAAUGGCACAAUUGAUUUUCCAGAAUUUCUGACAAUGAUGGCAAGAAAGAUGAAAGAUACAGACAGUGAAGAAGAAAUUAGAGAGGCAUUCCGUGU